UCCUGGGGAAUGAUCGUAUUAAAUGCUGAGCUGACGUCCAAAAACAGCAAAAAACAUCUGUUAUAAACAUUAACAGAUUAUUUAAAAUAAGGAACAAUAAAAAUGCCAGAUAUCAGCAGAAAUACGAUUUAAAAUGAGUAUAUUGUACAAAUACCAGCAAAUAUAUAAACACUUAUUGAGUUUGCAUGGGGAAGUGAAUCCUGUCAAGAUUCUUUACCAACCUCUUCCUGUUCUCAUUCCCAGAUUGUUUUGGUUCAAAUGUUAGCAACAAAGAUGCUUAAUUUAAACUCCCUUCAAAUUCUUUAAAUGCAUCAGAGUUGAAUACUGCUAUUUUUCUAGUCUGGAUGGAAACAGAAAUAGUUGGAAAACCGCUCUCAUUCUAUUAUGAGACAUCUUGCUCACAGACAAGUACCCAGUCAUGACCCAUGACUAGUGUUUGCUAUUUAUUUUUGGAUUCUGGCUGUGUUAAAGAAGGAGUUAUGAAUAGAAAACAUUCUGGUCCAAUUGUGAAUGGUCAGUCCUGACUGACACCGAAACUCCAAGACAGCAGAAGUAUUUUUUUAUGGUUUCUGAAGAAUGUGGAUGUUAGAAUGCUAGAGAGAGGCACUAUGCUGACCAGCAUCACUGACGGGAUCCUGUGCUGCCUGACGGGGAAGACCACUAGCCUGGUCCUGCCUCUGGAGUCUUCAGAGCCGUCUGAUGGGUUCGAGUUUGUGGAGGUGAAACCAGGGAGGGUUCUGCGAGUGCGCCACAUCAAACCAGAGCGCCAGCGCGUGGACACGGAAAAACAAGAUGCCGGGAAGAACAAGACCACUGCUGACUGUGAUGGCAAUAGGGAUGCCUCUGUUCGGGACUCCAUUGAUGAUGAUACUGGCACCAGCGUCCACUGCAAGAGGAAGAUCACGGUCUAUCGCAACGGCCAGCUGGUGAUUGAGAACCUCGGCGAUGUUUUGCAUUCUGAGAUCCUGCAGUGUCAGGAUGGAGAUCUGGAGCCCUGCAGCACUGUGGAGGUGGAGCUCGCUGACUACAAAGAGAUGCCCUCAUCUCCUGACCCCAACCCUGUUCCUCCGGUUCCAUUGCCUUCUGGAGAGCAGAAGCCUGCUCCACCUCCCCGCCGCCGCCGUCGCAAGCCCAAACGCACUGUGCUGAUUGACUCGACACGGGUCAUCUCGAGCUGCAAAGGAACGCAUUCGGAUGUGGCACUGUUUUUUGUGCAUGGUGUGGGAGGCUCUCUGGACAUUUGGAGCAGCCAGCUGGAGUUUUUCUCCCGUCUGGGCUAUGAGGUGAUCGCGCCUGACCUGGCUGGGCACGGAGCCAGUACUGCUCCACAGAUCGCAGCAGCUUACACUUUUUACGCAUUGGCAGAAGACCUUCGGGCCAUCUUCAAGAGAUAUGCUCGGAAACGGAACAUUCUCAUAGGCCACUCAUAUGGAGUAUCGUUUUGUACAUUCCUCGCCCAUGAAUAUCCUGAUCUGGUCCAUAAGGUAGUGAUGAUCAAUGGAGGGGGUCCUACAGCUCUGGAGCCCAGUCUCUGCUCCAUCUUCCAGCUUCCAUCAUGUGUCCUUCACUGCCUUUCACCUUGCCUGGCCUGGAGCUUUUUGAAAGCUGGAUUUGCUCGCCAAGGUGCAAAAGAGAAGCAGUUGUUGAAGCAGGGCAACGCAUUCAAUGUGUCUCCGUUUGUCCUGCGGGCGAUGAUGAGCGGUCAGUACUGGCCAGAGGGCGAUGAGGUCUACCAUGCCGAGCUCACUGUGCCCAUUCUGCUGGUUCACGGCAUGUGUGACAAAUUUGUGCCCAUGGAGGAGGACCAACGAAUGGCAGAGAUCCUGCUGUUUGCCUUCCUGAAGGUCAUUGAGGAGGGAAGUCACAUGGUCAUGAUGGAGUGUCCUGACACCGUCAACACCCUCCUCCACGAGUUCUUCCUCUGGGAGCCCGACAUGUCCAGCAAGGGAGAGGCCGACCACACCGUUUCUGUCUGUGACACUGUCAACACGCUGAAGAUCAAAAAGCCUGUGGACAAAUAACGCUCACAGAAGCCUCCCUCUGUCACAUCACCAAGCGGAAGGCCGUUUUUCUGCAACUACGUGUUAAUAAGGCUCCGGGACUGAGAGCGAUUCCAAGGAGGGCCAAUGUCUUCAGGAUGUGGGUGAACGCUGGUGCUCUGAGAUAGAGCAGCAAGGAACAUUGGAUGAAAGGAAGAGACGCAAACACAGUUUCUUUUCCACUUCUGCACCGGUUUGUGCUCCGCUUGCAAAAUGACUCCCUCGGUGCUCAAAAGAACUGCCAUUUGUGAUCUGUGUGUGAAAUGUUUGUGAGGAAAAGCGGACAGCUACUCAACACAAAAGAUUAAACAUCUCUGUAAUGAUG